ACGAUUGUAGUAAUACAGCUGGCAUUUAAAAACGUGACUAAUCAAAGAACCCGUGUUCUUCUACGGCUACCGGAAUGAAGAACAAAACACCCACUCGUACUUGCCAUCCUCCCCCGGAGCUUGGAAAGUGUUAAGCCCGUGGGCGGGGGGGUACCAGGUGACGUACUGCGCCUGUUCGUUUCCAGCCCUUCGGAUCGCAGCCGAGCCAGAGCCUCGCCUAGCACUGCAGAGCUACUGGCUGUACUCAAGUCUGAGAGAGUGGGAGAGCCCAGCACAAGAGUGGAGAAGCCUAACCCAGCAUUGCUAUGACCGAGAGCAGCAAGACGCACGUUAUCCUGCUGGCCUGUGGCAGCUUUAACCCCAUCACCAAGGGCCACAUUCACAUGUUCGAAAAGGCCCGUGAGUAUCUACACAAGACCGGAAGGUUCAUUGUUAUCGGUGGAAUAAUCUCCCCAGUUCACGACUCCUAUGGAAAACCGGGCCUUGUCACUAGCCGGCAUCGAUUGGCAAUGUGCCAGCUGGCAGUCCAGUCAUCUGAUUGGAUUAGGGUAGAUCCAUGGGAAUGCUAUCAGGACACAUGGCAGACCACCUGCAGUGUUCUGGAACAUCACCGGGACCUCAUGAAGAGGGUGACUGGCUGCAUCUUGUCCAAUGUGAACACACCAUCUUCUACCCCUGUGAUUGGACAGCCACAGAAUGGAACCCGCCCCAUAUAUCAGAGCACUGAUGUCUCAAACAGCAAACCCACUGCAGUUAAGUUCUUGGGAAAGGUUGGAGAGAGCCUGGGGAAGAUUUGCUGUGUCCGUCCCCAUGUGGAGAGAUUCACAUUUGUGGAUGAAAAUGCAAAUUUGGGGACUACUAUGAGAUAUGAGGAAAUUGAACUGCGCAUACUCUUACUUUGUGGAAGUGACCUGCUGGAGUCGUUCUGCAUACCAGGCCUCUGGAAUGAAAGCGAUAUGGAAGUCAUAGUAGGGGAGUUUGGAAUUGUUGUGGUUCCCAGAGAUGGAGUUGACACACAGCGCAUUAUGAAUCACUCCUCCAUUCUACGCAAGUACAAGGAUAAUAUUAUCAUUGUAAAGGAUGAUGCCAACCAUCCACUGUCUUGCGUCAGUUCAACCAAGAGCAGGUUGGCCUUACAGCAUGGAGAUGGACAUGUUGUCGAUUACCUUACGCAACCCAUUAUUGAUUAUACCCUGCAGCAUCAGCUGUACAUCAACACAUCUGGAUAGAACAUCAGCUUUGCUGUGUCACUGGGGGCUUCUCCUCUAUUCUCUGUGCACAGCUGUCCUGUUGCUCAACUGCUAACCCACAUUCUGAAGCCUGAAAUAUAUAUCAGUAUGAACUGUAGUAUAAAGUCAAUGGCGCCAGCUGUCCUGGGAACUGAGUUACAUUAACUGUACAACCUCCAUUGACUUCUGCCUGCAAAAACUCUCCUUCCAUUCUGUGGAGUACAACGACUAUUCAUUGAUAUACUCACUAACAACCACUCUGACAUUAUUGUGCACUGUGUUUCGUCUGUGUCUGUUACACGCACUUACUUUGAUAUUUUUGUUAAGGCUCUUAAAGUUGAUAAAGUCACUAUUACUCUGUAGACAUUUCCAGUUUGGUGUGAAUGAAUACAUGAAUAAUGUUGGUUGGAAAACUAAGCUGACAAAGGAGAGUUUGUUUUUUUUUUUAAUCCAAACUGAAAAAAAAAUAUAAUUGUGUUUAUUUUAUACCAUUAUAACCUACAGGAUAAGUUCUGUGAGAAGCAAAAUACAUUGGGUACCAUUGAAAUGAGGGCUAUUUUGUAAAAUUCUUUGACUCCUGCAUGUGCAGAUGUAAAUGAGUCUGUGGACUUUUGGGGACUCUGGUUGAUGUUUGCCUAAAAUGUCAGGAUACUUUUUGCCUAUCAGACUACCCUAAUCAUUAUUUUCAGCACCAAGGAUAGCUCUGAUAACCACCUAUUUGGAGCACAACAUUGUAAAGCAAUUCAUUUGUAAGAGAAGCAUGCUUUCUUCCUGGUCAGAACUUUUUGAAGAACACAAGAAAGGGGAGAACUCAAAUCUGAGUAAUCAAGCAUUAGCAACAUUCUCACAAAAAUCACUUCUACAACAUAUAUUUCGGGUUGGUAGCAAUUAUUGAUUUAGGCCAGAAAUGUUUUGCAAAUAGCUGACAUAUUUUGCAGCUUAAGCCAUUGCCUACAUGUGGUAAACGGAUAAGGUGAAAUAACAUUGAUAUACGUGUCCCUGUCUAGUGGAAUAUGGUUUAUUUGCUUGAUGAUAUUAUUAAAGACAUGUCUGGCAUUGCUCAGUUUUGAA